ACAUAUACAGAACAUACACAUAUAUACACAUAUAUACUACCAAUAAUGAACAUAGAUGUGCCAACAAAUAACAUAAAUGGGAGUGUCAACAUAAGAAGGUGAAUGAUUUUUUAAAGGGAGUCCACCAUCCUGGUAUGUUUUUGCAGUUUAUGCAAACAAAAGCCGAGAGAACUAGAGAUAGAGCCAGGAUGUCACUCCCAGAUUCUGUCACGCAGUUUCAGAGAAACGAAACUUAUCUCUUUGUCUCUGCCAGUGUGAGCGGCAAAACAGCCGAGGCCAUUAUAUCGGUGUGUCUGCUCAGAACCAGGAAAUAUCUCUUGCUCUUCUAACACAGAUUCAGAGAAACUACACAACAUUCUGAACUAAAAUUAAUCUCUGUCAAUUUGAGCGGUAAAAUGGCACAGGCUGCAGGUCUUCUGGAUCAGGACCAGUUGAGCUGCUCGAUCUGUCUGGAUAUACUCAAGGAUCCGGUGACUAUUCCCUGUGGACAUAAUUACUGUAUGGGCUGUAUUAAGGGCUGCUGGGAUCAGGGUGAUCAUACUGGUGUCUACAGCUGUCCCCAGUGCAGAGAAACUUUCACCCCAAGGCCUGUUCUGAAGAAAAACACCUUGCUGGAUGAAGUGGUGAAGAAAAUGAAAAAGACAGGACUCCAAGCUGCUCCUCCUGCUCACUAUUACGCUGGACCUGGAGACGUAGAGUGUGAUGUCUGCACUGGGAGAAAGUGCAAAGCCGUCAAGUCCUGUUUGGUGUGUCUGGCCUCUUACUGCGAAACUCAUCUCCAGCCUCACUAUGAAUCUCCUGCUUUUAAGAAGCAUAAUCUGGUCAAAGCCACUGAAAACCUGCAGGAGAAGAUCUGCUCUUGUCAUGACAAAGCGCUCGAGAUUUACUGUCGCACCGAUCAGCAGUUUAUCUGUUAUCUCUGUACAAUUGAAGAUCACAGAGGCCAUGAUACAGCUUCAGUUGCAACAGCAAGGACUGAGAAACAGAAGCAGCUGGGGGUGACACAGAGUAAAUUCCAGUGGAGAAUCCAGGAGAGAGAGAAGGAGCUGCAGGAUCUGAGACAGGCUGUGCAGUCACUCAAGCGCUCUGCACAGGCAGCAGUGGAGGACAGUGAAAGGAUCUUUACUGAGCUGAUCUGCUCUAUUAAAAGAAGGUGCUCUGAGGUGAAAGAGCUGAUCAGAAAUCAGGAGAAGGCUGAAGUGAGUCGGGCUGAGGGACAUUUGGAGCGACUGGAGCAGGAGAUUUCUGAGCUGAGGAGGAGAGACAUUGAGCUGGAGCAGCUUUCACACACAGAGGAUCACAUCCAUUUCCUCCAGAGCACUCAGUCUCUCUGUGUCCCUCCUGGACCUGGAGACUUACCCAGCAUCACUAUCAACCCACACAUCUCCUUUGAGGCUGUGAGGAAAUGUGUCUCUGAGCUGAAGCAGCGACUGGAGGACGUCUGCAAGGGUGAAAUGUCUAAGAUCUCCAAGGCAUGCAGAGCAAUGGGCAUUUAUGGCUGCUUCACUGAGACCAGAGAGCCUUCAGAAACUAGAGUCACAGCAGCUGAUGUGGAGGCCUGUCCCCUCUGCAUGAAGCCCUGGCAGAACAAGCUGAGGCUGAUAUGUACUCAUGCCUUCUGUGCAGCCUGUCUGCGUGACUCUGUGUCUAGAGUGGGUCGUCAGUGUCCAGUGUGUCUAAAAGCACUUGCAGUGGUAGGAGACCAGCCACAGGGACAGAUGACCGUGAAAAAUGACUUAGUAAAAAAUUUUUCAUGUAUUAGCUACAAUAUUCCCAAUGGAAUACAGACGGAGGCCCAUCCCAACCCAGGGAAGCCCUUUACUGGAAUCCAAACACAUGCCUGGUUACCAAAAAGCCGAGAGGGUGAGGAGGUGCUGAAGCUGCUGCGAAGAGCCUUUGACCAGAAGCUGGUUUUUACUGUGGCUGCAACCGGUGGAGCUGCAGACAGAGUCGUCUACGCUGACAUCCCCCAUACAAGACGCCCGAUUGUGCUCAGAAAUCCUGACUUCCUGCAGAAGGUGAAGGCAGCACUCAGUGCCAAAUUCAUUGAAUGAUUGGAUGAACAGAGACAUCAGAUCCUCAGCACAGCACCACCAAAUGGACAAGAAGAGAAAAUCACCACAUUACAAAGAUGGGCACACGAUAGACAGGCAUUAGAGAUCGAGAGGAACCAGCCAGUUGACCUUUGCACUCUAUGGGGUCAGAAAGAAGAAUCGUAACUGAAGGUAGUAGGUCACUGCUUUAGAAACACAUAUGUGAUAAAUCUACUCAAUCCUGAUGGAUCUGAUUCUAAUAACUCUCUGAUAGACUCUAUUACGCUGUGUGCUCCUCUGUUCCUGUGUAUGCAGUAACUGGAUUGGAUCUUCAAUAAUGAGGUCAUACAUCAAUCAAGUGUAGCUCCUCCCCACGUUACUGUAUCAUUUCCUCUCUGGAUUGUCUCCCAGAGAACAAUGUACACUAAUUUCUUAAUAUCUAUAUAUAAUCAUUUCCUCUCAGUAUAAAAACACUUAAUGACAGAGGCUCACCUUAAAAAUAAUGUGUUUCUCUUGAGGGUGAUAAAAACAUGCCAAAUACACAGUAUAAUAUGACAGUGUAAGGAUGCAUUAUACAAACAGUAUCAUUUUGGAUGCAUUCAUAUUUAGCUUUAUUAGUAAAAAAAUAUACCCAGUACAUGUACUGUUUUUAACAGAGAAUGUCUGUGUUAAAAAUAAAUAAUAAAUAAAUAAAUACUAUAUAUAUAUAUA